AUGAGUAUGCUACAUGUCUCGUGCGAAUGGCACGAAGUGGAACAGACGCUAACAGCGCUGGAGCUACCGCCAAUUCCCCCUGCAUCCGAUCCGCAGAGACUUCUGGGAUACGUACUGCACAUUUUGCCACGUUACACCGAGAUGGAGAUGCUGGCGACGCACCUACGUCUAUACGCGUCUACACUGGAGCAGGAUAUGGAGCAAGUCAAAAGCCACGUACAGCUGCUGACUCGAGAGGCGGCUUGCGAAAGAGAGAAGAAACAUUUCUUAGAGCGAUACGCAGCACAGGUGGUAAAGGAGCGCAACGAUCUGCUGCAUUCUCGAGGCGCCUCGAAGAAAAAGACGACAACAGCUGUCUCCCAUUUUGUAUGGCACAAUUGCUGCAAGAAGAAUACGAACCAUGCAAUGGACUUAGCACCGUCAAUUUUUGCAUUUCGAGGUGAGAAGCUGCAAGAAGCGGCCAUUCAAAUUGAAAAUCUACAGGAAGAAGUGCGCAAUCAGGAGUUGCUACGAAAAGAUCUGGACUUUCUUCUCAAGAGAACGCAGCGAGAACACGACAGCAAAAUUGCGGGUGAUCGCAAGCAUAUUCAGCAACUGGAAAAGCAGAUUAUCCAACGAGCAGCACUCCACUCAAACUUAGAAAAGAAGUUGUAUGAGGUUGAGGCAAUGCUUGCUAGACAUGACGAAUCAAAGAGAGAAGAACUGCGUGAUGUCAGCCAUCGCCUGUCAGAGACCGAAGCAUGCAACAUUAAGUUGAAUAAAGAAGUUUUAUCGUUGCACGAACAAUUGAAUGCAAUAACAUCUGACCGUAAUCGCCUGCUGGAUCUGCUGAAAGAAACGACCGAAAAGAAGGACAUCUUUGCACGACAAAUAGACAAGCUGACGAAGAAAUGGCAAUCUCUCGAGUCUGAGGUCGAGGCUUUGCAGUCCGAGAUUGUUGUUCUGCAGACAAAGGAUGUUAGUCAAAUUCGCCUGCAAUACGCAUCCACAAUCGAUAGAUUACAAAAAAAAAACGUAGCUAGUGAGAAGGUGCUGUGUCAAGAGGUUGAUCGUCUUAAGCAUAUGUUAAAAGAGCGUGAUGAAUCACAAUUGCAGACAUUCAACGCGCAGCGAUCGACUGCCAGAGUGGGAUUAAGGCAUUCUCUAUCCGGUAAGAUUUGUCCUAUAGAAAACAUACCGAUUCCGGGUGACGAAGUACAUCCGAGUGAUGACGUUCUUAGUGAUGAUUGCCAAGUUGAAGUUGAUGGAGCAUUUAUGUCAUCGUCAAGAAGUCAGCCGUCAGUUGUACACGAAUAUAGUGACCUGUCGGCUGCACAAUUAAAUAUAAGCGUUUCAUCUUCGCAAGGGCAAAGCUGUUUAGGUCUCGCCAAGGUUAGAAGAAAUGCCAGCGAUAGGCUUUUGGCGAAAAGCCCAAGUCUCAUCUCUUGUCAGAGCUGCUGCUCUGGAGUAAGCAAGCACGCGGAUUCUUGGGAUCUAAAUGAAGUUUCAGAAAAUCUCAGUAUAUCAUUGAAAUGUCACCAGACUGGUGCUGAUACCACAGAAGAUAAUCUAUUUGACUGGGAGGCUUUUGUAGACAGUGUUUCUGAAUGUUCAAGCUUGUCGAAUGAAGAUUCAACAUGCUCCACAUCAGCAAAUCCAAAACUUAUUAAGUUUGGCACAAGAAAAACUCACCACAAAUUACGCAAUGAGCAUAUUUAUCCAUUUGAAGACAGGGGUGAAAGUGCAACAGUGUCUGACUCACCUAACUUUGCUCAGGCUUGUUUAGGUGAAGGCGAGGAAGAAAAGGAAUCCGACAUUGACGGUAUUCCACUACGGUACGAGCCUCAUCUGCACGAUGAGAACAGCGUUAUCAUUCCCAAUACCACCAACCAUGAGCAAUACAACGAUACCAAAGAACGAACUGAAGAAUGUGUGCAGGUGCAGAAUGAUUUAGUGCGUGAUAUAACUCAAAUGCUCAACGAACUUGAGCAGAAACGAAAAAGGGAAGAAAAUAAGGCCUCACAAGCAGAGUUGGCCCUUUUGGAAUUCCAGCAAGGAAACAGGCCAUGA